AUGAACAUCUUUACUAAGGUCCCAGGAUUAGUUCAACCGACCAGCAAGCUGGGGUCUGUGCUCCAACGUGCCUUCUACGGGUCCAGUGGGAGGGUGACCCUUUAUGAACAGCGUAACUUUUCAGGCAGACACCUGGACCUGAGUUCUGACUGUGCAAGGCUCAGUGACAAAAACUUCCCAGAGAGAUGCAACUCUGUGCAGGUGGAGAGUGGAGCAUGGAUCGGUUACGAGCAUGACAACUUCCGAGGUCGCCAGUACCUUUGGGACAUGUCUGAGCGUGGCGAGUACAAUUGCUAUGACAAGUGGUGUGCCCAGGCGGACCACAUCUCCUCUGUCAGAGCUGUCAAGCAGGACAACAACCCUGCCAGAGCUCAGCUGUUUGAGCGAGCUGGGUUCUCUGGUAAGAAGAUGGAGAUCCAGGAUGACAUUCCCAACCUGAUGAGCCGCUACAGCCUCAACAGAGUAGCCUCCAUUCGUGUGCUGGGAGGAGCGUGGGUUGUAUAUCAGGAACCAAACUACAGAGGGCCUCAUUACAUCCUGGAGAAACGAGAAUUCAACAACUUCUCAGAUUGGGGCAGCCAGAGCAACGCUGUGGGCUCUAUGAGAAGAGUCCGCUUCAAUUAA